UGGCGUGGGUGACCACGCUGGGAAUGCAGCGUGAAGCCGCAGUUCUGCCAUCACUCAAGAUGGCUGCCCCCAGCAAGAUGACCGGGGUGUGCCGGGGGGAAAGGGGCAGCAUGAUAGUCUGAGACGGUCUAGCGUCGGACCAUGUGGAAGCUUCUGGGACUGGGGAGUCGGAUGAUGGGGGGUGGGGCCCGUGAGGGGUAGAGAGAGCAAUAGAGCCCUUUCUCAGGCUAACCCCGGCCCCUCCCCUGUCCUCUGGACUGAAAUGGGGAACACUCUGGGCCUGGCACCGAUGGGGGCUUUGCCCCGCCGAAGCCCCCGGCGAGAGGAACCUCUUCCUAACCCCGGGAGCUUCGAUGAGCUGCACCGGCUCUGCAAAGAUGUGUUCCCAGCACAGAUGGAGGGAGUGAAGCUCGUUGUCAACAAGGUUCUGAGCAGCCAUUUCCAGGUGGCUCACACUGUGCAUAUGAGUGCUCUGGGCCUGCCAGGCUAUCACCUCCAUGCCGCCUACGCCGGGGACUGGCAACUUAGCCCCACGGAGGUGUUCCCCACUGUGGUCGGGGAUGUGGACAGCAGUGGCAGCCUCAACGCCCAGGUCCUGCUCCUGUUGGCAGAGCGGCUCCGAGCCAAGGCGGUCUUCCAGACGCAGCAGGCCAAGUUCCUGACCUGGCAGUUUGAUGGCGAAUAUCGGGGAGAUGACUACACAGCUACUCUGACCCUAGGGAAUCCUGACCUGAUUGGGGAAUCGGUGAUCGUGGUCGCUCACUUCCUGCAGAGCCUCACCCACCGGCUGGUGCUGGGAGGAGAGCUAGUUUAUCACCGGCGGCCAGGCGAAGAGGGCGCCAUCUUGACGCUGGCUGGGAAGUACUCGGCCUUGCACUGGGUGGCCACAUUGAACGUGGGAUCCGGUGGGGCCCAUGCAAGUUACUACCACAGGGCCAACGAACAGGUUCAGGUCGGAGUGGAAUUUGAGGCAAACACAAGGCUACAAGACACAACCUUCUCCUUUGGUUACCACCUGACUCUGCCCCAGGCCAACAUGGUGUUUAGAGGCUUGGUGGACAGUAACUGGUGUGUGGGUGCUGUGCUGGAGAAGAAGAUGCCCCCCUUGCCUGUCACCCUAGCCCUCGGAGCCUUCCUCAACCACUGGCGCAACAGAUUCCAUUGUGGCUUCAGCAUCACUGUGGGCUGAGGUUGUCCCAGGGCCAGCGCCCGGCGAAGCUGGAGGCUCUGAGUCAGGUGCCCUGGGGCCAGAGACUUGGCCCCUCUCCAGAGCCCACCCUGCUGGGUGACCUCUGGGUCCCAGGAGCAGAGUGGGGGACAGGACCGUGCCCUCCUCAGAACUGGGGCUGCCUCAGGGGCAGCUGCUGAGGCGGUGGUGAGGCUCCUCCCUCUGCCACCAGCCCCGGUGUCCUCUUCCCGUGCUCUUGUGGCUCUGGACCGAGGGAGGAGGAUGCAGGGGAAUGUCUGGCUGACUUCUCUCCCCUCACGUCCCCCCUCCUUCUCCAUCUCCCUAUCGAUGAAAGCUCCUAGCUUCUUCCUCUUCAGAGCAGAAAAGUCCGCAUGGGAUUGGCUCCCUGUCCUGUUUUCCAUCCCAGAGUCUCCCGGGGCUGGGAAAGAAGGGCUGAAGGGCUAAAUUUUUGACCUCGGCAAUGGGCCCCCCUCGAUUCCCAGAAGGAGCUUCUUUACCUCCUUGCCCUGAGGCUUCCUCCUUCCUCAUCUUCUGUGCUUCCAGAGAACAACUUUGUCCCCGUGGUCACCCCCACUGCCCCCAAGACUGCAUGAAGACGCAGUUACUGCUUUAGUCUUUCAUUGCAACCACUGGGCUCCCUUUCUGCUGGUCCCCACCUCUGGCCCUGGCAUUCCCCCUUUCCAGGCCAGUGUGACCAGAUGGGCUGGGCCUCAGCUGCAGAUCUCCUGGAGCAGUGGCAUCAUGGACCACAGUCCCUGGAUGUGCUGGAUUUGGUACCCGAAUUCGUUGUUAAUGCUCCGGAGCUCAGCCAAAAGUCCCAGCAGCUUUGCAUACAGAAACCUUUGGAGGAGGGAAAGAGGAGGAAAGUAAGGCGGCUGGGAGUCUUGCCCUGAGGUCCCCAGCGCCCGAACUGUCUCUCAGCGAAGCUAGGUCUGACCACUAGAGAAAAUCAUGGUCUGGCAGGACAGAUGUAUCCAGAAUUCCAAAGGUCCCCGAGGGGGGCCCUCUGACACUUUCUUCUCUCAUUAUGCCAUAUUUCUUGAACCCAGAGGUCUGAGGGCCAUGUGUGAAGAAAGCCCCAGACUUGGCCAGAACUUCAACGGUGUGGAGUCUGCAGAUGGGGGCUUCUAGAGCAGGUUCUAGAAGGUGGGUGUGUCCGUCCUAUGGAUAAAGCAUCCCUCUUCUGACCAAACUGGCUUAUUGAGGAACAUUCGAGAACAAGUGGAGUUGACUUCUGAGCCUGAAUAAAUCAUGGACUUUUGGGCCCGGGGGACUGGCUUGGGCGGUGAAACUGAACGGCCAUGACUUGAAGGGGAAUGAAAAUGAAAGGAACGGCCCAACGGAGAGGAGGGGAGGGCCAAGGAAGGAGCCAGCAGGAGAGUGUUGGCAGGCUCUUGAGCCUGGCCAGGUGGAAGGGCCAGGCGGUGGACGUCAUCGAUCUCAGGAAUGCUGCUAUACAGAGCCUGUGAGCUACCACUUUGCAUCUCUACUGAAUAAAAAAAAAAAAUCUGGAAAAAAAGAUGAAACAAGCAGUAGGAGCAAUGUGGAUGCCAGAACUCUCCGAGGCACGGGGGAAGGACUGGAGCCCCGGAGGGACCUGGUUUUCCAGGGGAAGGGACAGUAAAAGCAUUUCCCCGGA